AUGGGAAAUUCCAUCUCCCAACCGGACAAUGAAAGCCCACCAGUUUCGCUACGGUGCCGCCAAAAACAAGGAGGCAAUAUCACCAUUGGAGCGCCACAAGAAGUUGUGAUACAUGUUCCUCGAAACCGGCUCGACCGACACGGGGUUCCUAUACAACAAGUCACACGGGAUAUAGAUCGAAAUGUACUCUUCGCCGCAUUACAACACGUUGCCAGAUAUAUAUCCCAUCGCGGCCAGAGCAUCACGGUCAUCGCUGUGGGCGGAGCUGUCAAUACCCCCUAUCUUCAGUCUCGCGGAACGACACACGACGUUGACGUUUUCGGUUCCACAUUUACCAAUAAAGCUCGAAUGCUCCUAGAUGAAGCGAUGCAAGACGCCCAGCGACAUUACCGAGACCUCGGAACCGAUUGGAUCAACACAGAGACACAGAUGUGUAUGCCGGGGUCAUUACAUGAUCGGUUAACCGUAGCUGCCGAGAGACAAAACGUCAAGAUAUUCAAUCAGCCAGGGUUGACCAUGUAUGCAGCUCCGUGGAAUUAUGCCUUUUCGGCAAAUGUGAAUCGCAUUCUAACGGACGGUGAUCAAGCCCGGCCAUACGAUCUUGACGACGCGGUCACAUACAUCCACAAGUAUAUUCACAAUCAAGGUAACCGGCCAGUGUCAAUAACAACGGCGUUGGCGUUGGAUUGGGCCAAGCAAUUUCAUCACAAGAGCACGGCAAAUCUUCUCCGCACGCAGGUCAACCAGGCCUACCGGAGGCGGUAUGGUGUCAACGCUUUCGUUUAA